AUGUCAAUUCUCCUUCCCUUGACGGCGGCUCUAGCAGCUGUCGUAUACGGAUCCACUCAGUUCACCGACAGAAUUGUCGAAAGUCGGUUCGGUGCCCUCAUCCACGGACGUGAUGGGGCCAAGGCGUUGUUGGGCCUGGCUGUAGGCCUCGGUGUUGUCAAAACUAUCAACAACCUCUCUAACAAAGUAGCGUUGAAAAACUGGCGUGUGAGAGCACACAAAGACUGGGUAUGGAACAAGGAAGUCGCCGUUGUGACAGGCGGUUGCGGUGGCAUCGGCAGAGAACUUGUCCUUGGCCUCGUCAAAAAGGGGGUGAAAGUCGCGAUCCUCGACCUCGCGCCUAUUCCCCCAGACAUGGAGAGCGACCCCGCAAUCUUGUACAUCAAAACAGACAUCACCUCUGCCGAGGCCGUUGCCCAAGCAGCCAAGACUAUCCGAACAUCUUUCGGGGCUCCCUCGAUCUUGAUCAACAACGCCGGCAUCGCAUCCCUGCACACCAUCCUCGACACCCCAGCCGACUUCCUUCCCAAGCUCUUCGGCGUCAACGCCAUCGCCCUCUGGAUCGUCACCAAAGAGUUCCUUCCCAGCAUGAUCAAGAAGAACAAGGGGCACAUCGUCAACAUCUCGAGUAUCACAGCGCACAUAACCCUCUCCUCGCUGGUCGACUACUGCGCCUCAAAGGCUGCGUCCGUGACCUUCCACGAGGGCCUCAACUGCGAGCUCAAGACAAAGUACAAAGCCGACGGCAUUCUCACAACCAUCGUCCAGCCCAGCUGGGUGAGGACGAAUAUGUCUCCCAAGAACGCAGAUGAGAUUGAGGAGAAGCAGGGGAAGAUGCUGUCGCCCAAGGAAGUUGCGGAUCGCACUCUGGCGCAGGUGUUUGCUUGUCGGGGUGCUCAGAUUGUCUUGCCGGAGAAGGUUUGGUUUUUUACUACAUUGCGGGCGUGGCCUAACUGGAUGCAAGAGUGGAUGAGAGACAGAAUGGGCAAAGCUAGUCUGCUGUAA